AUGUGCUUGGCACGAGCCGCUUGCUUUACAGUUUCCUUCGGGGCAGCCUGGUUGCCGGUUGCUGCGCCUGCUUCGCCUGCGGAGCGCCGAGCCGCCGGCCUCAUCGCGGUGGCGGGUGCCAUCCUUCCAGGCACUGCCUUGGCCGAAGGCGACGGGAAGAGGAGGAACCUUGCCGCUGCUGAAGUUGCCAAGACCGUGCGGGACGACUUAGUAAAUCGCCAGUUUCUGGCCACGGCAGACUUCAGUCCAGAGAUCUAUGACGAGUCUUGUACAUUCACCGAUGAGAUCGACACAUAUCAAAAAGACAAAUUCAUAAAAGGCACCAAAGCCUUGUUUGUGGCUUCAGAGUCGAACGUCCAACUGGUCGGCGACGUUGAUGUGAUUGAUGGUGGCAAGAAGCUCCAGUUCAGAUUUCAGGAGACUUUGGCGUUCAACUUUCCGAUCGUACAUCCCAAAGUGACUUUAUCGGGAACGUGUACUCUGACACGCGGAGAGGAUGGAUUAAUUGUGGCUUACAGGGAGAAAUGGGAUCAAUCUGUGCCGGAAGUGCUCUCAACUGCUAGGCCUGCUGAAAUCCUGGAAAUUUGA